AUGUCACAGACGUUCAGCACGGACGAUGUUGCGACGCACAACACGCCUGAUUCACUGUGGGUCAUCAUUAAUUCGAGUGUAUACGAUGUGACAAAGUUUCAGAAAGAUCACCCAGGGGGGAAGAAGAUCCUUCAGAAAUUCGCAGGCAAGGAUGCGUCUAAGCAAUUCCAAAAGUUUCACGCCGAGGCCGAGAGCAUCUUGCUCAAGUACAAGGACGAGUUGCGGCUUGGCGGCCUUGAGAUUGAGGCAAAAGCUGAGUUGACACCAGCUGUGGGGCCGGUCCCGGAAGUAGCACAGCCUGUGGAGGUCAUCGCUUGA